AAUAUAUUAUAUAUCAACACCUCGAAGAAAUUUGCGUUAGACCUCAUAUAGGGUUACCUCUCAUUAAAAACGAAAGCUAACUAAGAUCUGCUCACUUUCCUUUGGUGUCUUUCGCAUAAGAAAAUCAUGAGAGUUGAUUUCAAAAUUUUGGUUCUCGCGUUUAUCGCAAUCUACUUGAUCGUCGACACUGACGCAUGGUUUGGAAGUCGCCGUAGCAGUGGAAGAAGUAGCAGUGGAAGAAGCAGCAGUGGAAGAAGCAGCAGUCGUUCAUCUUCUAUCAGAAGGAGCAGAGGCUGGUCCAGCAGAACACAUUCGAGAAGCAGUAGCAGAUCCUCCCCAAGACGCAGUUUCUGGGGUGGUGGACGUCGUUUAAGCUCUACUCGCUCCUCAUCAAGCAGAAGGAGCGGAGGCUGGCCCAGCAGAACACAUUCGAGAAGCAGUAGCAGAUCAUCGUCAAGACGCAGAUUUUGGGGUGGUGUACGUCGUUUAGGCUCUAUUCGCUCCCCAUCAAGUAAUAAAAAGAGCAUUCCUCAUGACAUUAAGACGAAAAGCGGCCUUACAAAGCUUUUCAACAAGAAGGUAGUGAGCGUUCAACCAGUAGAGCAGCCAUUAGGAGCUCUUAACAACGGGAAAAUCGGUAAGGGUUUUGUCAAACUUGCAAAUAAAAUGGGAAUAAAAACAUCCAUUUCGGGACAAAAAAGUCGCGCAACUCAUUCCGGCGUUGUUGUUACGACAAGCGAUAAAAAGAAGUAUUUGGUGCACAAAGGAAAAAAGUUUGGAAAAUCAAGCCAAACAGUCGUAGUUGAUGCAAAACAUAUGAGCAAAUCUUGGGAAAAUGUGGGCAAGAGCGUAAGCGGGAACGGGAACAACGUGGGCUCAUUCGUUAAGGCUGGAGGGGCAGACUACAAUUUAUGGGGUAAGAACUGUCACGACGCAACUAAAGACAUGACAAAGCUUGGGAAACGGAAGAAGCGUUCAAUGUGUAUCAGCGGUUAAAAAUACAAGUGGCAGAAGAAAUCGAAAAACUAACAUGCAAACGAAAAUUCGGAAAAUAGCAGUUUUGUAAUUAGAAAUAAACCAAGCUAGAGAAGAUAGAAUGCAUUAUUCUAUAUAAAUUAACAUAAUUCUGUUAAUUAUGUAAUAUCACUUCUUAUACGAAUUUUAACAUUGUAAUAAUAAUAUUAAUAAUACUUAUUUCAAUAGCGCUUAUUCCAGAAUGGUCCACGAGCGCCUUACAAAUUUAGAUUCGAUAAAAUUGAGUUAACAAUUUCUAGUUUACAAAUUAUGAU